AUGCAUCCUGACUCCAAGCGGCCUACUGUUGAAUAUAUUGAUCCGAUAAUUUCCGCGGAGAUUCCAAAUAUCAAUGAAGAGCCAGAGUUGUAUUCACUUGUAAGUGAAUUCAUGAUACAUGGUCCUUGUGGAGCUGAAAAUAUGAAUUGCCCAUGUAUGGUUGACAGGCAAUGUUCGAAAAAUUUUCCAAAGCAAUUCUGUAAUCAUUCUUCAGUUGAUAACAACGGUUAUCCCUUAUAUAUGAGAAGAAACAAUGGAUAUUUUGUCGAAAAAUCAGGUGUCAAGUUAGACAACAGAAAUGUUGUUCCAUAUAACAAAUAUCUGUUGAAAAGAUAUCAGGCACAUGUUAAUGUUGAAUGGUGCAAUCAAGGAUCUUCCAAAAAGUAUCUGUUUAAAUAUAUAAACAAAGGUCCAGAUAGAGCUACAGUUGCUGUUGACAUCAACACUGAUUCUCAUCAAGAAAAGGUUGUCGAUGAAAUAAAAGAUUAUUAUGAUUGUAGAUAUUUAUCUGCAUACGAUGAUAUUGACGAUGUUCUUGAACAACCUUCAGUUGCUGCUUCUAUGUUCACAUCUUGGAUGGAAUGUAAUAAAAUUAAUAAAGAUGCACGAAAACUUACAUAUGUUGAAUUUCCGACAAAGUUCGUUUGGAAAGCUAAUCAUAAGUUGUGGAAGCCAAGGAAAAUUGGACGUUCAAUAGGAAGGAUUCACUCUGUUUCACCUAAACUUGGUGAAAUAUACUUCCUAAGAAUUCUUUUAAAUAAAGUGAAAGGUCCAAAAUCAUUUGAAGAAAUUCGUACGGUAAAUGGUGAAGAAUUUCCUACUUUUCGAGAUGCAUGUUAUGAUUUGGGCCUCUUAGACGACGACAAAGAAUAUGUCGAAGCAAUUAAGGAAGCAAGUCAUUCAGGAACUGGUUUUUAUAUGCGUUUCUUAUUUGCUACGAUGUUAAUGUCUGACAGUUUGGGUAGACCAGAGUUUGUUUGGGAAAAUACAUGGCAACUAUUGUCAGAUGGUAUUCUUUACAACCAGCAACGUACAUUAAAGUCUCCAGGUUUAACACUCAAUGAGGAUCAACUUAAAAACCUGACUUUGUUUGAGAUCGAACAGAUUUUACUUCGUAACAACACCAGUCUUAAAAAUUAUAACAAAAUGCCUUACCCUGAUACUGAUAUGGUUUCUUCUUCAACAAAUCGCCUUAUCACGGAGGAGCUAGACUAUGACAUACCCAUCUUAAAGAAAGAGUUUGAUCGAAUGUUUCAUGCAUUAACAAACGAGCAGCGAAAUAUUUUUAUUGAUAUCAUGACUACAGUCAAUGAUAAGAAAGGAGAUUAG